CUCUUACUUAUUCUCCCACUACUAGAUAAAAUCUGCUAAUUAAAGUACCACUACUUCUCUACUAAAGCGUUCCACUAUUAUGGUUGAAAUUUUCUAUUAAUUCACUUUUAUUGAGUUAUUUAUCCAAAAUGAAUUCCAGUUAUCAUACAAUCAAACACACACCUAAUAUUUUUAUUAGAAAAAACAAAUGUUAGUUUAUUAAUUAAUUACAGUAUUCAAUAAAGGUUUAAUAUAUUAUUGCAAAAUGCACAUUAUUCACUGUUUCUCCGCCGAUGAGGGUAUUUUCUAAAUCUAUAUUAGUUUGUAAGCUAUUCUUGGUAAUUUGAAAUUAAAAUAAUUUAGCUAUUUUUGAAAACCCAAGUUUAGGUUACAAAAUUUAACAUAGCAAAGCUGCAUGGUAUGAGAUUCAUGUACAGACACGUUUUUUAUUUUUAAUCCCAAAAUUAAUUAAUUUAAAUUUAAUUGAUUGUUCCAACAAAGCAUUGAUAUUUUGAAGAAAAGCAUAGAUAGCUAGGUAGUUUUAAUUAGUGUGACACCUAAGAUUGCGAGGUCGAAAUAUCAAAUUUGUAAUGUGUUAAGGUGUAGGCAGCUAGUUUGGUAUAGUUGUGUAGUUCCUUGUAUAGAUAUAUAUAUUUAUUAUCCCUACUAAUGUGUUUACAUGCAAUUGAUUUGAUUUGGUGUUUUUUUGGGAGGAAAUAUGAACUCCUCCGCAAGUUUAUUCACUUCAAUUGUUCUGUUGUAUGAGGAUAAUAUUACAGGACGUCAUCAAGUCUACAAUGUUUGCAUCGAACAACCACAAAUGAUAAUAGCUGAAGGCAUAUGGGCUUCUCACACCAUUGUUCCUCCUAAAUCUUCAUUUACAAUGCUUGAGAUUCAAAUCAUUAUCAUCUUUUUCAUCACACAAUUCUUUCAUUUCUUUCUCAAGCGCUUAGGAUUCUCUUGUUUCAUUUCACAAGUCAUGGCUGGAUUUCUUCUGGGUCCUUCAAUUUCAUUAGGACCACUAGAUGAAUACAAAAAGAUGUUAUUCCCUUUUGGUGGUCCAGACAUACUAAACACAAUAUCAUCCUAUGGCUACGCAUUUUUCUUAUUCUUAAACUCGGUUCAAAUGGACUUCACAUUAAUAAGAAAAACAGGCAAAAAAUCUUUGGUCAUCGCCCUUCUUUCCUAUUAUUUACCCAUAAUGGUUGGCUUCUUGAUCAUAUUUCUUACCCGCUCAGUCUGGAUAAAUUUAGUUGGCGAAGAACAAGCUUAUAAUUUACCCAUUGUCGUUAUAUCUCAUAGUGGUUGUUCUUUUGCCGUCAUUGCUUCUUUGUUAAGAGACAUUGGAAUCCUCAACUCGGAACUGGGCCGUCUUGCAUUGUCUUCGGCUUUCUUAAACGAUAUAGCAGGUAAUGUCUUUGCGGGUGCAGGGACGGCCAUAGUGAGUACCAUGGAAAGGGGAAUGUUUCUGACAGUUAAAAACUUACUUUUAUUUUUUGUUUAUCUGUUUGGGAUUCCAUUAAUUGGGAGACCAAUAAUGAUGAGGAUGGUGAAAAACACACCAGAAGGAAAACCAAUCAACAAGAUAUAUAUAAACGCAAUAGUGCUAGCAUUUUUCUUAUUGGGUAUGUUAGCUGGAAACUUCAACCAACCUUUUUUGGCAGGAGCAGUUAUAUUGGGCCUUGCCGUUCCUGAAGGCCCGCCAUUAGGGUCAGAGUUGGUUAACCAAUUUGAAUUAUUCUCUACAUGGAUUCUCACUCCACUUUUUGUAACUUGUUGUGUCAUGAAAGUGGAUCUCACUCUUUGUGGCCCACCUAUCCUUAUUAUUGUUGUCAUCGGUUUCAUCCUGAUGGUGCAUACCAUUAAGCUACUACAGUGCAUGAUUGUUUGCAAAUAUUGCAAUAUGCCUACAACCGAUGGUCUUUGCCUUGCCCUAAUUUUGAGUUGCAAAGGUGUUGUUGAUUGUUGCUCCUUUAUUCUUGUCUAUGAUGGAACAAAGAAAACUCCUGAAUCUAUAGGUAUUAUGGUAAUAUCAACCUUAGUGUUUGCAACAAUCUCAAAAUUAGGUGUAAAGGCAUUAUACGACCCAUCAAGAAAAUAUGCAGGGUAUCAGAAAAGAAACAUAAUGAAUCUAAAACAAAACUCAGAGCUUCGUUUGGUUGCAGUUGUGCACAGAGCAAGUCACAUGGUUCACGUUAAGAACUUCUUAAGCCUAUGUUCUCCGGCACCAGACAACGUGCUAAUAGCAGACGUGGUACAUGUUAUGGAAUUAAUUGGAAGAACAACACCCAUUUUCAUUUCACAUCGUCUCCAACAAAAAACGGGGUCAACACAUAACUACUCGGGAGAGUUAGUUGUUACAUUCGACCUUUUUGAGCGAGACCAUGCUGGUUCAGCAACAGCUAACACGUACACAGCAAUAUCUCCACAAACGUUUAUGCAGGACGAUGUUUGUUACCUUGCAUUAGACAAAAACGCAGCUAUUAUAAUUCUACCAUUUCACAUAAGAUGGACGCCACAAGGUUUAAUUGAAUCAGACGACAACAUGGUAAGAACGUUGAAUUCAAAGGUUUUGGAAAGAGCACCUUGUUCAAUUGGAAUUUUGGUUAACCGUGGCAAUGCCGCCACAAGAAAUAAUAAUAAUAGUAAUAAUAAUAAUUCAACUGGUUAUAAAGUAGCUAUGGUUUUUCUUGGAGGGCCUGAUGAUAGAGAAGCUUUGUGUUUGGCUAAAAGGUUUUCCAAAAACUUAGAUAAUUCAUUGUAUGUGUAUCGAUUGUUAGCGAGCGACCAAGAUGCAAUGGGGUGGGAGAAAAUGAUUGAUGAUGAGGAGUUAAGGGAAGUUCGUGGAUCUUAUAUUAAACUUGAAAAUGUAAAGUAUGAAGAAAAAACUAUACAGGAUGCAUCUGAGACAACUACUUUCAUUAGGGAUAUAGCAAAUAAAUUUGAUUUUAUUAUUGUUGGGAGACGUAAUGGAGUUAAAUCACCUCAGACACUUGGUUUAGAAAAUUGGACUGAGUAUACUGAAUUAGGUGUUAUUGGUGAUUUGCUUGCUUCGCCUGAUAUGGAAACUAAAGCUUCUGUUUUAGUUGUGCAACAACAACAACAAACUAAUUAUACAUCCUCCACUUAACUUUUUUGUAACUUUAGCUUGU